UGAAAUGCAAAUAGAUGUUCCAUUAUCAAAUGGAAACACUUUUCUGAUUUUAGCAGCUUAAUGUGGUUGUAAAGAAAUUGUCCAUGAGUUAGUUAAAAGAGGAGCAGAUAUUAACAUUUAAAAUGUAUUGUUUUACUAAAGAAGGAUGAUGGUAAUACAGCCGUUCAUUUAGCUCUAGCCUAUGGACAUUACAAAAUUGCAGAUAUGUUAAUACAGGCUGGCGGAAACACUCUUAUUUUCAAUAAAUAGGGAUUAAAUGCAUGGAGUGUCUUGUGA